AUGUAAUGCAAAUAUAACAGCACAGAUACUUCGAUAGAUGAAGUGUCUUAUGAAGACGAACCAAGUAUUUCAUAAGUAAAAGAAUUUAGAGAAACAUUUUUCAUUAAUAGAUUGAAUACUGAAAAAAAGGAAUCUAGAAAAGUUAGUUUCAAUGAAUUAGAAGUUGUUCUCAUAUUUGAAGAAUCUGAUCCACCAGUUAUGGUGAGUGAAGAUUUGAUUCUCUAUUAGAAGAAAACAGGAACAAAACUUAAACUCUCUAGAUAUCCAACUAAUUCAAUAUUGAAAAAAGGAUUAUGA